AUGACUACUACAGGUAGUUCGAGCUGGAUCAAAGGGGAAGAGUCCAAUCACCAGGCUGUGAUUCAAGAGCGUAUUCGCCAUUAUUUUAACCAACUGACUGUCGGUUGUGGGGAUGCUGCAUGCACGAAUCAGAAUUGUGCUUCUUCCUCCAACUUCGCUCACCGUGGGCUUGAUAAUAACCAUGCUGCUGCCUUAGCACUCAGACUUCUCAGAGAUUCUGAACCAAUGUGUUUUGCUCAUUCUCCCGCUUCAAUGGAUUCCACAGAGCACCGAAAGAACUCCACCCCAAAAUCCAACCACAUUGAUUCUUGUCAUCAACCGGACCAACGUAGGGAUUUAGCGAUAAAUCCCGAGAGCACUCAGGUGUCGGAGCAUUUGUCUCUAGCAUCUGAUUCCCCUCUCCGCCAGGGUCAGGAAAAGAUGGAAGGUGAGGAAUCAGACGAAGGAAGGGAAGGAGAUGGGGAGAUACAGGAUGCAUUGGAAGGUUCUACACCUACCUCCUCAAUUAGUGAAAUUUCUCCUGGUCUGAGUCGUUUUCUUCUUCAUAUUUCCGGUAGUUCGCCACCUACCUCCUCAGAAGUCCCAUUUCUCGAGAGUGUGACGUCUACGGCGACAGAAAGCGGUGACAACGCGGAUUCCUCUCAGCACAGCUAUUUUCUGGGGUUGCUGGACAGCAUUAUGAAGAAGUCCAAUCACAAACCUGACGAUGGCGGGGAAGACAUUGACUUACCUUCAGCAGCGAGCAUCAUAGGAAAGCGUGUGAAGGGCCUCAGACUGUCUGAGGUACGGGAAUGCGUAGAAAACUGCGAGUCGGAGGGCAACUGGACCCCCAUCAGACUGCUUCUUGAGGAAGUCUUCACAUCCCUCACCGCUCUCGCCAAUUCCUUCCCUCUGGAGAGCGAAUCUACCGAUGUCGAGAUGCUGUCGUUGCCUGCAACGAGCUCUUUUUUGUCGCAUUACAAAUCAGUUUCAGCCACAGAAUCAGCUCGUACUCACAAGCGCAAGUCUGGGUCUGAUUCAAAUGCGUUUCCACCCUUCCUCAACACUGAAUCCGAUCCUGCAGUCCCAGUAGACAUAGACGAGGCUCGUGAGGCAUACAACCUCCUUCUUGAACGACCUCCAAAGACCGUGAACAUCGAGGACACGCUUGCUCACCUCAUCCGACGACAAUUGAUUGUUACACUGCGCAGAUGCUUUCGCAUCUACCCCUUCCCAUCUUCCUCUGGUGCUAGCACAGACCCCUAUCUCGCCCUGCUAGAGGAAUUGAAUCCUUCUCCUGAUGGGGAGGCGGACAAAUUGCAGCAGCGCAUGGUGAAUCUCUUCGCCACCAUCUAUGCCUGCCCACUUGUCACUGACCCCCUCCACUUCGAGCCCAUUCUGCCUCAUCUGUGUCACCUGACGGUAUCUCUCCCAAUGGCAACACAAGCACGUCUCUGUCGCACCUGGGCGGAGUAUGCGAUGUCUCAGCGAUCCACGGCUCCAAUUGAGGUUAGAUCCGAGGCAGCAACGGUCACUUACUGGCUGCUCGACUUGCAUCGCAUCCUCAUGCAGCAGAUCACUCUGCGCUGCCUCGCCCUUGAGCCACCCCCCACCCUUACUGCUAGCGAUCUCGAGGACGCACCUGCACCCAACGACGAUCGGGUCAUCUGUGACGCUGCUCGUGUCAUUCGUAUUGUCUUCUACGCUUCCCUGUUGGCAGGGGGCUGUGACCCUCCCGAACAACUCGCUCGGGAGGCCUCGGAUUCCGAAGAUAUCCAGGGAGAGUCUUCUGUAUCCCCUCCCUCCUCUUCUUUCCGUACAGAAAGAGCGAUUUUGCGUAAAGAUCCGCUGGGCACCAUUUUGGGCAUUUCUCCAAACGAUUGUCGCCACCCUCUUAUUCCUCCAAAAGAAUUUAUCAACGAAACGCUAAAUGAGUUUAUUGUGGUGGAGAAGGAUUUUGCCAACUUCCGUUCGCAGAGGUCGGGAUGGCCGGAGAAACUCUCCUUUAUGGAGUUGCCCUUCAUGCUGCAGACCACGACGAAGAGCACCCAACUCUAUUACGACAAUCGGCUGAACAUGCUACAGGAACGUCGCGGUGCUAUCCUUCACGCUCUCUUUGCCACCUCAACCCCUGACGCCGCCCUCGAGAUGCCCUACUUCAAAAUUUGUGUCAACCGAGAACGUGUUGUAGAGGACGCUCUGAUUGCGUUAGAACUAACUCGAAUGGAAGCCGUGGGGGAUUUGAAAAAACAACUCUACGUUGAAUUUGAUGGCGAACAGGGAAUUGAUGAGGGUGGUCUCAGUAAGGAGUUUUUCCAACUCAUCGUGGAACGCAUUUUCAAUCCGGACUACGGCAUGUUUGUUUACGAGAAUGAGUCGGAGUGCUUUUGGUUUAAUCGUAGUCCUCUGGCAGAGGAAUUGGAGCGGGAGUACUGCUUGAUUGGGACCAUUUUGGGUCUAGCCAUCUACAACAAUGUCAUCCUUGAUGUACACUUCCCUGCGGUGCUCUUCCGCAAGCUCUGUGGAAAGCUUGCCUCUGGAUUGGAGGACCUUGAGGACGGAUGGCCCGCUCUGGCACACGGUCUACAGGCGCUGCUGAAAUAUGAUGGAGAUAACUUUGAGGAUGAUCACUGCCUCAACUUUGUGGUCACCUACUCAGAUAUGUUCGGUCAGGUGGUGACCCACGAGUUGGUUCCCGACGGCACAUCCAAACCCGUCACUAUCGACAAUCGCCAGGAAUUCAUUGACCGAACAAUUGAUUUUCUACUCAACACCUCAGUAAAGAAACAGUUCACUGCCUUCCGGAGGGGCUUCCUGUCCGUUGUAGGAGACACGCCACUGUUCCAUCUUUUUUCGCCCUUUGAGAUUGAGCUCCUCUUGCUCGGAAGUCAACACUACGACUUUGGUGAGUUGGAACGCGUGACAGAGUACGAGGGCGACUACAGCGCGGAGACGAUUGUGAUCCGCCAGUUCUGGUCGGUGGUGCACGCCAUGACGGAGGAGGAGCAGCGUAAGCUCCUUCAGUUUACCACCGGCACCGACCGCAUCCCCGUCGGCGGCAUGUCGCGCAUGAAAUUCGUCAUCGCCAGGCAAGGUCCCGAUUCGGACAGACUACCGACAGCUCACACUUGUUUCAACGUUCUUUUGUUGCCGGAGUACUCGAGUAAGGAGAAACUAGAGCGCUGUCUACGAAUGAGUUCCGGCAGCACUGUCGAUUGCAACUUAGACCCUAACAAUGGUGACAGUGAGGCAGUCGCCCUCAACGUGGAUGUGCUUCGUCUAUUGGCGGCGCGCUCUGCAGAAAUGAUGGCCUGCGAAGCUUCCGUGCACCUCGCCACUGCGCGUGCCAUCGCCCCUCUCCAGCGCUUGCCUGUCCGCCUCCGCAGACGCGCCGCCAGCCAUCAGAUCCACCGCCUUCCCCGACGUCUUCAUCAUGGAUUAGCUCAGGCUAUGAGCCAGAAACUGGUGAAGCAGGCGAAGCGGUGUAGGCGCUACCGGCGGCGGUCGCAGCGACUGAUGGCAUUGGCAACGCGGUGCGUCCUUCCACCCACGGGUGAAGGAGCGGGCGAGGGUCGAACGCGCUGGAUCCCUACUGCCCUCUGGCACGCCAAGCGAUUCCACGUGGUGCAGAACUGGGGCUGGCGUCUGCCUUUUGCCCCAACAGACAAGAUGUUCAAAGCCCUCCAACGAGCCACCACCGAUCGAUGCAUGCUGCUGGACCACGGCUACUUGAGCUGCUUCUCUGUGUCUGGACCCUUUAACCUCCUAAGACUGUGUGUCGCAGAGACGACGCUCCCCUUCUUUGUGUCCAGCAUUGGCAUCGAUCUUCCAUCGGAUGCCUCCCCUUCGACUGGCUUCCAUGAAUCGGUUGGUCUUUUGUGUUCCGAAGCAAUGCCAACUCAACAACCGAUGGGUGUUGCGAGCCUUCCGAAUAUCUCUCGAUCCAUUCUUGGCCCCGUUCGAAUAUUAUGGAGUGCAACUAUUCAGGAGGGACAUGGCCAGCGACGUUCCACUCUAUGGUUCUGGCUGCACCCUAGUAUGUCUUCAGAUGCUUGGAAGCUGUUCACUUCGCUCGACUAUGUCUCCACCGAUUUGGAGGCGUCGAUAGCAUCCCUUAAGUUGGUCGACUGCACUGGGCAUCUGUGCCGCAUGAAACUCAUUGGUCCUUUUGCGCAUCAAGUUCUUGCAGAUAUCAUCAAGCCGCCAUCUUCGUCGACCCAUUCAACCUCUACGACUGGCGAGCCGCUUUUGAAGCUGUACAACCGGAAUUGGCUGAUUCAAGUACCAAAAGAGGGCGAAGUGACGACUCAGCUGGCCCCUGGUUUCGUCUCCAAAUCCUUGACCUCGAGUGAACUAACCAAACUUCUCCUCGAUCACUGUGACGUCGAAUUCGACGCUCUUCUUACUCGAUGGUUUUCCUCGCCAGAACCUUGCUGUUUUUCUGAUAUGGGGAUCCCCAUCCUCUUGAUCCAGAAUGGGACGCCCAGCCUUGUGAGUCAGAAGUCUCAGUGUAUUGGCUGGGACGUGGUGCUGCCCAGGCAACUGCUGAAGCCGUCUACCAGGAUGGCACCACCUCAAGAAGCAAUGACAGAACCACCUGUGGAAACCUCAGCACCGCGAGACUUCGUGGUGGCUUGUACUUACCGCGGCGUACGCGUGGGAGGCUUGCGGGACCAACUACGGUGGGCGAGCCUUACAACCGAGGCCGCAGGUCGCGUCGACGCCUUCCCCUACGUCCUCUGGCCCGACACUCCCGCCGCAUGUUGCGUCACUGAUGAAAAGGUCCACCUAAAAGUCGAACGGGACCCCAAGGGGUACGGUGACGUUAGUGGGUUGUCAACAGCGGGAGACGGCUUUUUCGUGUUGCGCGACAAGGCCAUGCUAGUCUUGGUGGUGCGUCGUCUUCUGACUGGCGAUCCACGAGCCAGACACCUCACCGUAGAGCAUCUCUCGCGAUACGACCCUCGUCUGCCCAGAGCCCUUGUUAUGGUGAAGCUUGAGGUUACGUCACGUGGCGUACCCGAGGCGAGGGCAGAGAUCUUCGCCCUCCUGGCCACAGACGACCCCUCUCUGGGUCCUAUUUCGGACAAGGCCCCGCGAACAUUGCUAGGCUAUGUUGAUGAAGGCGCCUAUGCUUUUUCUCACGGUUUCUGUAUUGCCAUAGGCUUUAUCAGUUUGGCCGCUGUCUGUUCUCUGUCUCCCACCGAACGGCCUUCCAAAGGAUUCCAAACGGUCCUCUUCAGGAGUCUUAAAUCAAUUCUACCACCGACCUCGCAAAUCUACCUGAGUGAUCGCGCUGGCAGUCGCCUGCGGCCGGUGAUGGAUUCGGUGCUUGUUUGUAUCAGCACUCUUCGCCAUUUGGGUAAGUCGACAAGCGAGUGCUUGCAUCCACAAUAUCAAAUGCGCUUCGGGUAUGAGGCGUAUGCCGCAUGUGUGGAAGAUUGA